UGGCCCCAGGAAGUAACAUGAGGAAGCAACAGGUGGAAAGGAGUUCUUCCACAGGAAGAGAGAGCAGUUCUGGAUUAGGAAGCCUGGUGAUUCAAUAUCUGGCAAAAGCUUACAAGCAAAAGCAGCUCUACUUCUGCAGUGAAGGAGUUGGACUCUCAAGGUCUCUCCCAACUCUGAUACUUCAAGAUAUUUGUAGAGCAAUUGAAUUGUUGGAAAAACUGCAAAGAAGUGGAGAAGUACCACCACAGAAACUGCAGGCUUUACAAAGAGUUCUUCAAAGUGAAUUCUGCAAUGCUGUAAGAGAGGUGUAUGAGCAUGUCUAUGAGACUGUGGACAUCAGUAGCAGUCCCGAAGUGAGAGCGAAUGCAACUGCAAAGGCUACUGUUGCUGCAUUUGCUGCCAGUGAAGGACAUUCUCACCCUCGAGUUGUUGAGUUACCAAAAACUGAAGAAGGCCUUGGAUUCAAUAUUAUGGGAGGCAAAGAACAAAACUCUCCAAUCUACAUAUCUCGAAUAAUUCCCGGUGGAAUUGCUGAUAGACAUGGGGGCCUCAAGAGAGGAGAUCAGCUCCUUUCUGUUAAUGGAGUGAGCGUUGAAGGAGAACAUCAUGAAAAAGCCGUAGAACUACUGAAAGCAGCGCAAGGAAAGGUUAAAUUAGUGGUGCGAUACACACCCAAGGUCUUAGAAGAAAUGGAAUCACGCUUUGAAAAAAUGAGAUCAGCAAAACGCAGACAACAGACCUAAUGCAGCUCAAAACUUUCUAUUCCAUUUUGCUUUUAGCUAGAGAAGUUUUACUUGUGACCUACUGAUGGCCGCAAUGCCAAUGAUUGUAAAAAAACAAACUUCCCGUGAAAUCCUCCUUGCCAUUUUAUAAAUGCCUAUUUUAACAUCAUUUAUGGUUCCAGAGAUGCAUACACUUUUUUCUGACAAGAAAAAGUAAAAGGUGAUGAGGGCAAUUCUGUCCCUCUGUUUUUACAGGCCUUUUUCAAAUGCAGAUUUUGUCAUAAAGUUGUUAUAGAUUUUUAAAAAUGCUUUUUUAAUAUUAAAAUGUACUUUUACAUUCUUAAUCUUUUUUUAGGAAAAAAGUUUGCUUUCUUUGGCUACUUAUUUAAGAGUAACAGUUCUCCAGUUCUUUUUUUGUUUACUCUGGUUUUUUUUAGCCUAUAAAAUUGCAUCAUGGUUUUCCAGGAAAUUAAGCAUACAGUCUCGGCUACAGCAGUUCAUUACACUAUCAAUGUUAACAUCCCUGCUGCAUUUUGUACUUUGAACAUACAUAUAUAAUCAAUGGUAAGUCAUAAACUAGCACAGUGGAAGUUUUUUACUUUAAACAUAAUGAAUAUUCAUUUAUACUGAUUUGUAAAAGCAAGUUUUUAAAUAUUGAAAACAAUCAUUGCUAAAAUACGUAUUCUUUCAUAAUUGAGUACUGAGACAAGAAGAUGUAAUGUGUUAGCAUUACUGAUUACAUCUCUUUCUAUUUGUAAUAGCAUAAAUUACAAAUGCAAAAAUAAGUUCAGGUUUCAUCUUUUACAAAUUUUUUUUAAUGCUCUCCAUCUUUAAGUAUAUUUUUUACAUUUUGGUCUUUCCAUUCUUAGAGAUGAGCCAGUUAGUUUGUGGUGGGAAAAAGGGAAGCAGAGUAGUAAAGUGAUACUUUUAAUCCCACUAGCCUCAAGAGUUUCACACUUAAAACUAGCUCAGUAAUAAAGAAUUGAUUUUUAAAUAGGAAGAUGGUAGAAGGAUAUAUUUAAGGUAUAUAGGAAUUAUGAGCUGAUAUGUUCAUAAAAAUCUGAAGACUUUAUAAAAAUGAGUCAGAACUCAUUCAUGUUAAAAUAGUUGGAUUUUGAGAUGAUCUGUUCAAAAGUGAUUUAAAUAUGAUGAUGGAAACUUAGAGAGAUACCUUCAUUUGUCCACUGGAUGUCACUAUUUUACUGAAAGGCAGCUAUUAGUGUAUGACUGACUGAGGUCUUUUUAAAAGCAAGUUGAAGUUCAUUUUCAAGAACAUAUGUUUGUUUUUUAAGUGACAGAUGUUAAAAAGAGGAUACUGGAUUGAAAUAUAUAAGAAAUUUAGCAUCAUUAUUGACCCUGUAUAAAAAGGGAGCGUUUUGUAACAUUCCUUCAGGAAGAAUAGAAAUGUAUACUUUUUCUGCAUGUUUGUGAAAAGCACUGUGAGUGUUAAAAGAUUAUUCCAGUUUUCAAUGAUUUUCAGAAUAUAAGUCAAUCAGCAUUGUUAUUUAUCAUUUAGGUAUUGAACACUGGAUUGCAUGGUUGAAUGUGUCUUUAGUCCACUACAAACGUGCUUGUUGUUGACAGGAUCAUAUUAAAUUGUAUAUUUUCAAAAUUGAUGUUUUUAAAAUGUUGAGACCAAAGUAGCAUAGAAUAAUUAUGGAUUUAUUUUAAUUUAAUUGUAAAAUUUUUAGAAGUAUUUGUUGUAGAGCUUUAUAUAUUAAAGAGAGGUAUUGGUGCAUAUAAAAACAGUAAUAUUGUUAUGCUUGUAUUCUUGCAUUACUGGGUAAGUAAACCCUGAAGAAAUCUUUUUUAGUAUAGCUACAGCUGCAGUAGCUUUUAAGGGCGUGUCAACAUUUCAUUAUAAAUUAUAGCUUCCUGGUUCAGUAUCUCAGCUGUUUCAGAACUUUCAGCCAAGUUAAAUCUUUUUUGGUGUUGAAACUAAGUAAGUUGAGUAAGCUAUUUUUUUUUUUUCCUACAGUAAUCCACAAUCUGUUCUUUGUGUGGGUUGGCACUUAUUUAUAAUUCUUAAAAUAAGGAUAGCUUAAAGGAGCCAAAUACAGUAGUUUUGCUUGCUACUGUUGAGCAUGAGUAGCAGUAGUUUGUUUUCAUUAAUGCAGUUUUCACAGUGUAUCCCAGAAUUUUAAAUCCUGGCCAUAGAAAAGUUCAGUCAUUUAGUGACAAAGAGUGCAGUAGUGGUUAGUACAGUGAAAAAUGAAGGGGAAUUUGUCUUAACAAAUAAAUGUAUGACUCAUGAGCAUAGGAACAUAGUAUAUAGCAGGUGUUUGACUUGUAAAUUAUAAAUAUGUAUUGCUCCCCACCCGUUCCAUUUAUUUUCUUGGUAUCGCAAAAUGAGUUGACUCAGUGAUUCUCAGCCUUAACUGCAUAUUAGAACACCCUGCAGAGCUUUUAAAAAUAUUGAUACCUGAGUUUCAUCACCAGCUAAAUCACACCAGCUAAAACAGAGUCUCUGAAGGUGAAGUCAAAUGCUUAGUUUCUUAAGGCUUUCCGGGUGGUUCUAAAGAACAUGCAGGGUUGAGAAACACUAGUUUUCCCUUUUAUAAAAUGCUCUAAUUACACUGGAGUGUGUUUGAAAGUAUCAAAAUAGGAUAUUGAGUUUACAACUACUAUUAAAUAGCACCAAAUAUAAUGGUUUGGUUAUAUUUCUAAGUAAUUUUUUUUUUUUUUUUAGUAAUAAAAGGUAUUUGGCUUUCCUUAUUUGGGAAAUGAUUACAGUCUACCUUUUUUUCUAUUUUAUUCCUUUAAAAAAAAAAAAAAACCUGCCAGUAGUUUAAAUAUAAGCUUUUAAUGUCUUGCAUCUUUCUGCCCCCUUUUGCCUUUUAAGCUUACAAAAAUGAAUGUUUAUUAUUUGAGAAAGCAUGUUUAAAAAUUGCCGAUGAGAAAUAUUAUCAUUGAUGAUUAUGUGCUGUCUUACUAUGGCCACUUUAUCCAUUAGUAUAAUACUAGAUUAUACUGGCCUGGUUCUUUGAAUUUCAUAACUCAAAUGUUUUUUUAAAAAUUGUCUUCCUCCUCCAAAUUUUUGAAGGUUACUUUGCUCACGUACUUAAGUGGUUUGACUUAAGUACUUUGUUUACAAUUUAAAUGGAUAUUAUAUUAUAACAUUUAAUAGAAGAAAUGGUUAUGGCCUAUCUGAAAAGAAUGUCAGCAUGUCUUGGUGGUGUAGACUUAAAAGAAAACAUUGUGAAAUAUUUUAUAAUGUGGAAUGAUCAUUGAAAUAUCAAGGACUCUAAUCAUUGUAUUUCCUGAAUAAAUGUAUGUUUCUGAAGUUUCUAACUUACAUUUUGUUGUCUCCUCUGGUAACAGUCUGGUUUCAUACAUUUUAUUGUCUAAAAUUUCACUAAUUGUGUUUCUUCAAAGGUUGUUACAGUUUUGUAAUUGUCGAAUUGUAGAAAAACAAAUUACUUGCUCAUUAAUUUUCAAGAACUUCCCAAUUAGUACCGAGUCAUAGUGUUUUUGUUUUUUUUUUUAAUAUUAGCAGUGUGUGCUACUUUAGUUCUUUAGUUGAAGGUAAAAAAUUAUAAUACCAAAAUGAAUUGAAUACUUCCUUAAUAGGUGAUUUCAUCUAUCAAUUCAAUUCUGAUUCAAAGACAUUAAAAAUUUAUAUUCUUGUUCUUUGGAUUUGAAAAAUUGAUAACUAAACAAAAAAUGUGUUUCAGAAGCUAUAUAUGAAAUAACUUAAAUGAGGUCAAGCAUAAAUCUAUGGUGGUUACUGGAAUGAAAGUUAAGGCUCCUAUAUUUUGCUUUGUCUUUCAUAAAAUAAAACAGAAAAAAAUCUUGUGUGUUAUUUUAAGAAGCAGUAUGGCAUGGAAGUAAGAGCUCAGAAUCUGGAGCCUGACUACCCUGAUUUGAACCUUCACCAUUUCCACAUAACUUUAACAAAAGUUCCUUCCCUGUGCCUUAGUUCCUUCAUCUAUGUAGUAAGAAUCUUCUGUUAUUAUCUGUAAAGCCCUUGGAAAGGGGCAUGACAGUGUCCUCUUACUUGCUGUUUCAUGUGAAAAUAGCUUCAGGACAAGACACUAUGGUCAGUUAAAAUCAUCAAGUUCUUAUUUUUUAUGCCAAAAAACCUAACCUUUAAAUUAUGCUUAUAAACUUUAUCAAAGACUCAGGGAAAUCAAAAAUUAGUGGAGCUUGGGGUCAAGGAUGGAAGUCAUAUUCAGAAUGAAACUCAUAACAAAAUAAGUACAAGUAAGGGAUUUGUUCAGUCAGAAAAACAAUUUGUAUAGAGACUAUGACCUAGCUUCAGAAAAUGGAUUGCUAGAAAUGGUACCUGACGAAACAUGAGGCAUAAUGUACCAUUAUGAAUUUAUAAGAAUCUUGAAAAUGUAUCGGGGGACCAAGGUAACAACAAAAAGCACUUCUCAUUAGCCCCUCAGUUUCUUCAAAAUUU